GAUCCAGUGAGGCUGGUGGUGAUGUUGGGGUCAAGCUAAACACCUGCUAAUUCUAACAACUCUGAGUGAACGCAGUCAACAACGAUGAGUUGCUAGAGGUUUCCUCUGGCGUCCAAAAAGCUACAGCCGAAUAAAAGUUUCUUGGAACCAGAAUUCUGACCCUUCCAAUUUCUAGGGUUGGAUCAAAACCGAUGGAGACGCCAGGAAUUUGUGAGAUUGAUCUGCCAAACAGAAGAAUAGUGAGCGGCAGUGAAUCCCCAACUGAUCUGGAUAGUCCAUGUCAGGAGGAAGUCGCAGGGUUUAAUUUAGGUCUGUGCGGGCCUGAGGAAGAGAGAGGGGAAACCCCGGGUAGAGAGGACAGUCCCAGUGACCUGGGGGAGGCAGAGCUUGAUCCUGGUGGAGACUCCAAGGCUGGAGACGACAAGGCUUUUGGAAAGGAAGUUGUACUGCUGAUGCAGGCACUGAAUUCUCUUGCCACGCCUGAAGAGAAACUGGCAGCACUGUGCAAAAAAUAUGCAGAUCUGGUAGGAAUGUUGGCUUCUGUCUUUUUACACAGGGUUACAUAAGACACUAG